UUUGUUUUAGAAAAUUGUACUCGAUGAUGAUCUGUAGCUAUUCCACUAGAACCAAGUCUGUAAUUUUGCUACAACCAAGUAGGCAUGGCAUAUGUCAACUAGUUCAUAUUUUCGGCAAUCAAAAUUUCAGUUCAAUUUAAAAGUUCGUAAAAAACAAAAAAAAAAAUGAAAUUACAUUUCGAUUCAAAAUUUUGCCAGUAUCCCACUUCGCAUUAUGCAUUCGUUCUCAAUUUCCUUUUGUGGAAGCAUAACUUCUUGGCCGGAAUCUGUUCCCGAAGUUUGUUUUACAUUCAUUCGAAUAUCUUUGCGGCUGUGUACCUCAUCGUGAACCUGGCCUUGAUGUCUUACAACCUGCUCCAACUGAUGCAGACCUCACCGGACUCGGUGAAGUAUGCCGAAAAUGCAUGGGUACUCCCACUGCAUGUAUGGAAGUACGAUUUCACCAUUCGAAUCAGCGGUUACUAUCUCCAGAUGGCACAGCUGCUGUUGGCCGUCCAAUCGUCGGCUCGGUCUUUGUAUUACUUGCUGACCAGCUGCUACCAGUCACUGCUAAGUACCGUCGUCUUUGUGCCGCUUUUGUUCGUAAUGGAUGUUGCGAGUCUGAUAACCAACUACAGGAAGGAAUGUCCUGGCAAACGUUGUCGAAAGUAUCUGCUGCUCCAGUCGCUUAAGUUGGGACUAGCAAUGGUGUUUUGGACCCAUAUAUGUUGCUUUCUGCACAAUGAGUAUGCGCGCUGUAUUUUCACAGGACGAUGAAAGGUGCGGUAGGUCGAUGCGAUGUUUAGAUGCGUGCUUCAAAUUUAUAUUUCAUGUUUUUAUAUUACAAAUACAUUCUUGUUCGAAAUACUGUU